ACAUGCUUCCCUACAGUACACUGCACUAAACAAGCACAGCAAACCAGAAGCAAAAAUGGCGAUGACUUCUUUAUCAAUGGAGGUUGAAGAGAGUGAAGCAACGAACAUAUAUAUACCAGAAGACUGGUCCGAAGCGGCAGACACCAUAGCUUAUGGUGAUGCACACACUCCGACGGCUUUCAUAUGCGGCCCCAAAAACAGCGGCAAGUCAACCUUCUCUCGACAUGUCCUUCAUGUUCUCCUCCGUAGGCAUAAGAGAGUUGCAUUCUUGGAUACUGAUGUUGGACAACCCGAGUUUACCCCUCCUGGAUGUCUCUCACUCACUCUACUUGAUAGUGAAAGCAUAGAUUUAAAAAGUCAGCCAGAAAGAUGCUUCUUCUUUGGUGACAUUUCUUCAAAAAGAGAUCCAGAGCUUUAUUUGAAAUACAUAUUCGCCCUAUACGAUCACUAUCAUAAACACCAUCAUUCAUCAUCUCCCAACAACAAUGAGGUGCCAUUAAUCAUCAACACCCCCGGAUGGGUGAAAGGUAUUGGGUAUGAUGUAUUGGUGGACAUGUUGAACCAUAUUGCUCCUAGUCAUGUGGUUAACAUUUGUGUUUCUGCUAAAAGUAAGAACCUACCUUCCGGAACAUUCUGGUCUCAAGACACGGAUGCUGCUAAGGAAGUAACCUUAAUUGAAAUCAAAUCAGCCAACCACCAGGACUCCUUAAACCGAUCGGUAGUUGCACACAAAGAUUCACGCCAUAUACGGGAUUUAAGUAUCAUUACAUACUUCACACACUGUUUCUCAAGUGACAUGAGGAUGAAUAUGAUGAGUUCAAUUAAAAGAAUUGCUCAAGCAUUGGCUUCUCACCCUCCUUAUGAAGUUUCCAUGUCGGCUGUCAACAUUAAACACCUUCAUACUCAGGUGCCGGAAGCUGAAAUUUUCUACAGUUUGAAUGCAAGUAUAGUUGGAUUGGCAGUUAGUCGUCAAGGUUCUGGGAAUUUGCCUCAAUGUGUUGGCCUUGGAAUUGUUAGGGGAGUAGACACUUUGAGACGUGUUGUCUACAUAAUCACUCCUGUUCCACAACAUCUUCUGGAGGAUGUUGAUCUUUUACUGCAAGGUUUCAUUCAGAUUCCUACUUGUUUGUUGCAGGUACAGGGAUGUGUUUCUCCAUACAUGGCUUCAAAUGUCCUGCCUGGAAUCUGAAGACUUUUGUUCAACAGCCACUAUUAUUCAGAUACAGAAAAUUGACUUUGAUUUUGUAAAACUGACAUGAAAUUUGUUCCGUUGGUAUGGAAGUGGUGGAAUUAUAGUGUUUUUUUCUUCUUUUGGUUGUAGAUAUAUUUUUUAAACUUAGAAUACAAAUAGUGGAAUGCGUAUUAAAUAUCCUUUUCAUUUA